UUCAGGGUGCUUGGGAUCAAUCAAAAGGAUCACUUGGCCUCGGACAUUUAGAAUUCAUUAAUUUGGAAAGCCAGAUCAUGGUUUGCACCAUAAAGUUAUAUAUAACAUGACUGAAUGGAUUAGCGUUGAUCAGACCGAGAAAAGUUCUUCAUCCAGCACUAUUUUCUAUAAUUUUAAUAUUUGAUUAUACUCUUCAGCUCUUUAAGAGGUUGAAGAAUGAAGCCAAAAUCAUACUUCGAAAUUUUCGGAAGCAAGUUACCAUACACAUUAAAUCGUAGAUAAUAUUAGCUAAUGACUCGAACUUUUAUUUAAAUAAUCAACAAUGUCUGGUAGAAUUAUUAGAAUCAGUUCCAAGUGGUUUAUGAGUCUGGUACAAGUACUCCUUUAUUGACAUCAUUGAAGUGGGUGAACAAAUGGAUAUUUUUAAUAGAUGAAUUUUUUAUCAAACUAAAUUGUCACUAGUGACUUAUUAAUAACAACCUGGCUGUAGAAUUUGAGCAUAAGGGAGAUAAUAUCAACAUUCGAUAUCAUUCUCAUGAAUUAGUAAUUUUAGACUUGAGAGGGAUGAAGUGUUUUUGAUGAAAAUUAUACCUACAAUAAGAAAAUUUAUUUAAUCUUUAUAACUAAAAACUCUUCCUCUCUUAUUCCUAAUUAAAUUUGUCUUAUAACCCCUAAAAAUGAGAUAAAGAGGCCAUACGAAAUGUUAUAUCUAUAUUUUGGUAUAAUGUUCAUCUAGCCUCUUUUUUUAAACUAACAAUAGGCUCAAAUUUGAGUUCCUGUACUUUGUACUUCUCAUCUUUUCUAAAAGUUGUAAAUCCUCUCGCUCUUCAUAUUUUUGAAAUUUCGCUGUCUAAUCUGAACUUAAGAUUCUUUCCGGAUAAUAUACUAACACUUAUUUUAGUUCCUUAGAUCAAGAAAUACCUAAAACCAUAAAUUUAGCUCCAAUACUUUUCCUUUCUCUUGAAAUUAGAGUAAUCUCAAGAAUGGCUAAUUCUACUAUAAUUCAAAAUAUCUGAUAGGCCUACCAAAUCUUAAUUGGUAUUUUUCCUUGUUAUAGUUCUGAAACUUUGUUUGGGAGAAGAAAGAAGAAGUUUAGACAACAUUCUGACAUAUCGACUGAACUGUUAUCUUCAAUAGGUUAGUAGAGUAGUAGCAAUGUCUGCUGUCCCUUUGGGACAGCAGACAUUGAUAAACCUAUUAUACUACCAACGUAUUACCCUAACUGUACACUUUGAUUCGUAAUUUUCUGACUUUUCUCAGUAAAUCAGGAUAAACUUAGGCUUAAGGCAUGAACUAGUUUUAAACAGCACUUAAAAUUUAUUUAGAAACUUGAUAAAGUACUUUCAAGAAGUUUAUUGACGAUGUUUAGUAUCAUAAUUAAUAAUAGAAGCUCUCCUCCAGCAGCCUGGCUGGAGGAGAGCUAUGAUUAAUACAUUCUUGUCCUAGACAUUUAUGUCUAGGAUCCUUGGAUUUACUCUAAAGAGUUCACUUCUUUUCUGAGUCUAUUUAUAUCAAACCUGAACUUUCUUUGUAAGUUGUUAAACUCAUUAAGUUCCUCUUUGCUGAUAUUCUUCAAUUUGUAUUCUUCUUCAUGGAUUGAGCUUUGGCUCGAGCUUGAGGUAAAGCUUUUAAGAGAUUUGGACAUAUAGAGGCUACUGGAGUCUCUCUCAUAAAUUUUAUAAUCAUUUUCCAUUUUAUUAACAAAUAAUGUU